AGUGCUUUUGGAGCCCCGCAAUAACUUAAAAUAAUCUCGCUAAUAUGACCGAUCAACAGUGGAGCAUGACGAAUCAGUACCAAGAAGAAGUGCCAGUGAGUCCUGUGGGACAAUACUUCAACAGCUCAGCGCUUUGCAUUUACAUUAUUGGCGUUUUAGAGUUCCAAGUUCCUUUGGAUGAAUCUCAAGCAAUUCCUCUCCUCCAACGUCUCUUCCUUCCCAUCAACCCUCGCUUCUCCUCCAUCAUGGUUGAAGACAGAAGUGGGGACAAACGAUGGAAGAAAGUUGACGUAAACUUGAAAGAUCAUAUCAACAUUCCCUUAUUUCCUGAAUUCAAUUCAGUGAAAUCAUAUGAUAAGUAUUUCGCUGAUUACUUGUCGAGAAUAGCAUUAGAGAAGCUUCCAGAAAAAAGACCAUUAUGGGAAAUUCACAUCGUGAAUUAUCCUACAAGCAAUGCGGCAAGUAGCCUCAUAUUCAAACUCCACCAUGCCCUUGGAGAUGGAUACUCUCUCAUGGGCGCUCUUCUUUCUUGUCUUCAGAGAGCCGAUGAUCCCUCUCUUUCUUUGUCUUUCCCUUCCGUGAAACCAUCAAAAUCUGUCAAUAAAAGCUUCUUCAGCAAAUUCUCUACAAUCCUGUCGCUAGCCUACAAUACCAUAGAAGAUUUCUGGUGGGGCAUAAUGAAGAGUAGUGUCACCGAAGAUGAUGAGACGCCAAUCAGAUCUGGAUUCAAAGGAAUGGAAACUCGCCCGGUCACCAUAUCAACCACUGAAUUCUCACUUGAGCAAAUCAAACUCAUCAAGUCUAGGCUUGGAGUGACAAUAAACGAUGUAAUCACAGGAAUUUUCUUUUGCGGGAUUCGAUUGUAUAUGCAAGAAAUUAAUAAUGAAUCAAGGGUUGCAAACUGCACUGCGUUAGUACUUUUGAAUACAAGAGAUGUUGAAGGUUACCAGUCGGUGGAUGACAUGCUUAAUGCUAAGGCCAGAGGGCCAUGGGGGAAUCACAUAUCGUUUUUGCAUGUUCCAGUUCCGAAGUUAGAAAAUGGAAGAAUUUCAAAUCCACUCGAAUUUGUUUGGGAAGCACAUAGUAUAAUCAAGAGGAAGAAACAAUCUUUGGUUGUUCCCCUCACUGGGAUGCUUCUGGAUAUAGAGAGAAAAAUAAAAGGCCACGAGGCAGUGGCUAAACGCAUUCAUGGGACACUGUCAAGAUCAAGUAUGGUAAUUACAAACUUGAUUGGACCAUCACAACCAAUGUCUUUGGCCAAUUAUCCUGUGAAAGGCUUGUAUUUCACACUGGCUGGAGGUCCUGAGAGCCUUGUGAUAUCAAUAAUAAGCUACAUGGGAGUGCUAAGAGUGACGCUCAAGACAGAAAAGCAUUUCAUAAACGAAGACAAGCUGAGUUCCUGCCUCAAAACUGCCCUUGAGAUGAUACUCAAGGCAGCUAUGGAGAUUCCCCAGCAGACCAGAAGUUAGAAGCUCCUGCUGAAAUUCAUCAGCCUCUCCUAUUUAAGCCAUAAGUUCUCAGAUUUAUGCAUUUUAUUUAUUAUUUGUAGCAUGUCUUCAUGUUAUCAUUAUUUUCUACCGUGGGCUGUUCUCACUGCUUGGCAAAACAAAUCUCUAGUUCUGUGUGUUCGAUAA